AUGGCUCAAGAAAAGAUAACGCUAGCGGAUGCAUUGUCCAACGUGGAGGUACUGGAUGAGCUACCCUUGCCAGACGAGCAGCCAUGCAUAGAAGCACAACCCUGUUCCGUGGUGUAUCAAGCCAAUUUCGAUACAAAUUUCGAGGAUCGGAACGGGUUUGUGACGGGAAUAGCUAAAUACAUCGAGGAAGCAACGACUCAUGCUAAUCUGAACCAACUACUGGACGAGGGCCAGAAGCAUGCGGUUAUGCUUUACACCUGGCGCUGCUGUUCGCGAGCCAUACCGCAACCGAAAUCGAACGAACAGCCAAACCGGGUGGAAAUCUACGAGAAGACGGUCGAAGUCCUCAGCCCGGAAGUGAACAAAUUGCUGAACUUCAUGUACUUUCAACGCAAAGCGAUAGAAGCAUUUUCCGGCGAGGUGAAAAGAUUAUGCCAUGCAGAAAAGCGUAAAGAUUUCGUGUCGGAAGCGUAUCUGCUAACGCUUGGCAAGUUUAUCAACAUGUUCGCGGUGCUGGACGAGCUGAAGAACAUGAAGUCGAGCGUGAAAAACGAUUACAGCACGUACCGUCGGGCGGCCCAGUUUCUGAAAGUGAUGACGGACUCGCACAGUUUGCAGGAGUCCCAGAAUCUAUCCAUGUUUCUCGCGACGCAGAACAAGAUCCGCGACACGGUAAAGGAUACGCUCGAGAAGAUUCCGGGUUACGAGGAUUUGCUGUCCGAGGUGGUGAAUAUCUGCGUGCACAUGUACGACUCGAAGAUGUACAUGACGCCGGAGGAGAAGCACAUGCUGGUGAAGGUGAUGGGUUUCGGGUUGUUUUUGAUGGAUUCGGAAAUUUGUAACAUCAACAAGCUGGACCAAAAGAAGAAGCUGCGGUUGGAUCGGAUUGAUCGUAUAUUUAAAAAUCUGGAGGUGGUGCCACUGUUUGGUGACAUGCAGAUAGCGCCGUUUAACUAUAUUAAGCGCAGCAAACACUUUGAUCCAAGCAAAUGGCCACUGUCAAGCUCGACCGCUAUUAGCCCGCAGGCCGAUCUGAUGGUACAUCUGCCGACGAUCCGUGAAGACCACGUGAAGUACAUUUCGGAGCUGUCGCGCUACAGCAACGAGGUGACGACCACGUACAAGGAUAACGCGACGGAUGCGGAAAAUAAAUCUACCGCCGAUUUGGCGUUGCGAGGUUUGCAGCUGCUGUCCGAAUGGACAUCCGUCGUGACGGAACUGUACUCGUGGAAGUUGCUGCACCCGACCGAUCACCACCAGAACAAGGAAUGUCCGGCCGAGGCGGAAGAGUACGAACGGGCGACGCGGUACAACUAUUCUGAGGAUGAAAAGUUUGCCCUGAUUGAGGUGAUCGCGAUGAUCAAGGGGCUGCAGGUGUUGAUGGCCCGCAUUGAAACGGUUCUGUGCGAGGCAAUACGGCGUAGCAUCUACGCGGAGCUGCAGGACUUUGUGCAGCUGGUGUUGCGCGAACCGCUCCGGAAGGCGGUCAAGAACAAGAAAGAUUUGAUACGGUCUAUCGUGAUGUCCGUGCGGGAAACGUGUGCCGAUUGGCAGAAGGGGACGGAACCGUCGCAGGACCCGGCGCUGAAGGGUAAGAAGGACCCGGACAGUGGGUUCCCGAUCAAUGUGCCCCGGCUGAAUGUCGGUCCGUCCUCCACCCAGCUGUACAUGGUGCGCACGAUGCUGGAAUCGUUGAUAGCGGACAAGUCCGGUGGCAAGCGUACGCUGCGGAAGGACAUUGACGGGUCCUGUCUGUCGCAGAUCGAUGCAUUCCACAAGGCAUCGUUUUAUUGGACGUACUUGCUUAGCUUCAGUGAAACGCUCCAGAAGUGCUGCGAUCUGUCGCAGUUGUGGUACCGGGAGUUUUAUCUCGAGAUGACGAUGGGCAGAAAAGUAAAUAAAUGCACGGUUCGUCAUCAACACAACGAAGAGUGUAGCGAUCUGAUCACCAUGGAAAAGCGCAUCCAGUUUCCGAUCGAAAUGUCAAUGCCCUGGAUUCUGACCGAUCACAUUCUACGCACAAAGGAACCAUCAAUGAUGGAAUAUGUGCUUUAUCCGCUCGAUUUAUACAACGAUUCAGCCCUGUAUGCGCUCACCAUCUUCCGGAAGCAGUUCUUGUACGACGAGGUGGAGGCCGAGGUGAAUCUGUGCUUCGAUCAGUUCGUUUACAAGCUAAGCGAACAGGUGUUUGCCCAUUACAAGCAGCUGGCUGGCAGCAUCUAUCUCGACAAGCGAUUCCGUGUCGAGUGUGAAGUGCUCGGGUUUAACUUCCAAUCGUACCCGCGCAAUAAUCGGUACGAAACAUUGCUGAAGCAGCGGCACGUGCAGCUGCUGGGACGUUCGAUUGAUCUGAACAAGCUAAUCACGCAGCGCAUCAAUGCGGAUAUGCAGAAGAGUUUGGAGCUGGCGAUCUGUCGGUUCGAGGCGAGCGAUAUAACCGGCGUGGUAGAGCUGGAAGCAUUGCUGUCGGUGAACAAGCUGUGCCACAAGCUGCUCUCGAAGUGGUUAGCGCUGGACGAUUUUGAUGCGAUGCUGAAAGAGGCGAAUCACAACGUGCUCGCACCGUACGGCCGCAUCACGCUGCACGUGUUCGUCGAGCUGAACUACGAUUUUCUCGCCAACUACUGUUACAAUGCGGCCACGAACCGGUUCGUGCGGAACAAGCUGCAGAUUGCAUUUUCCGGACCGAUCACGCGCGAUAAGGCACCGGUUAUGUCGCACUAUUAUCUGUGGGGUUCGAAACCAUUGAAUGCGGCCUACUCGACGCAGUACAGCCAGUAUGGGGGCUUUGUCGGUGCGCCCCACUUCCAUGCGAUCUGUCGUCUGCUCGGUUAUCAGGGUAUAGCGGUCGUGAUGGAGAUCAUACUGAAGGAUAUUGUGAAACCGCUCGUGCAGGGCAAUCUGCUACAGUUCACGAAGACGCUGAUGUCCGCAAUGCCCAAGUGCUGCAAGCUGCCGCUGUGCGAUUAUGGGUCGCCUGGUGUGCUGAGCUACUAUCAGGCACAUCUGGUCGAUAUCGUCCAGUACCCGGAUGCCAAAACGGAGCUGUUUCAGUCGUUCCGGGAGAUGGGCAAUUCGUUGCUGUUCUGCUUGCUGAUCGAGCAGGCCCUGUCGCAGGAGGAGGUGUGUGAUCUGCUGCAUGCCGCACCGUUCCAGAACAUACUGCCCAGACCGUUCUGCAAGGAUGGCGAGAAGCCGGAGAGCAAACAGAAGCGACUCGAGGCAAAGUACGCCUCGCUGCAGAUAGUGCCGAAUGUGGAAAAGUUGGGCACGGCAAAGCAAGCCAUGAUUGCACGUGAAGGUGAUUUGUUGACGCGCGAACGCUUGUGCUGUGGGUUGAGCAUUUUCGAGGUGAUCCUUGGGCGCGUUAAAUCGUUUCUGGACGAUCCCAUCUGGAUGGGUCCGCCACCAAUCAACGGCGUGAUGAACAUUGACGAAUGUUCGGAAUUUCAUCGGCUCUGGUCGGCUUUACAAUUUGUCUACUGCAUACCGGUCGCUGGCACGGAAUAUAUGGUCGAAGAACUGUUCGGCGAAGGUCUUCACUGGGCCGGUUGCACUAUUAUCGUGCUGCUGAACCAGCAGCGUAAGUUCGAAGCGCUCGAUUUUUGCUACCACAUUCUACGUGUGCAACGCGUUGACGGCAAGGAUGACACGGUGAAAGGCAUUAAUCUGAAGCGCAUGGUCGAUCGCAUCCGCCGCUUCCAAGUGCUGAACUCGCAGAUCUUUGCCGUGCUGAACAAAUAUCUGAAAAGCAACGAUAUAGAAGGAUCGAAUGUGGAGCACGUUCGGUGUUUCCCGCCUCCACCGCACCCGAGCGUAGCGCCCUCGCACUAUCACGAUCCAAACAAACUUCGAACGCAGUAA